AUGAAUCAUAGACUGUACGUCAAGAGAAGCCUCUGGGGAAGUCAGCGGGUCGCUGAAUGGCAUAUCUUUGUGGACAUACGACCCAAUGGCCAGUUCAAGUCUCUUGAGCUUGUCAUAGAAGACCCACUGACUCCCCCGCAGUUCCGACGGGGCCCUGCGCACAUCGAACCGCUGCAUCCCAGUGUAGAACUCCCCCUCCAUGUCUUUCAGCUCAGCCUGACGCAUGAUCCACAUGCUGCGAUUGACGAUGCCUUACAGGAGGCACCUGCGUCUGAUCUUGUACCAACUCUGAUGGACCUCGAAGACAAGGGCGUCGAAAUAGCCAUGGUAUCCCCAGGAAAGCCGCAUCGUCCGGCGACAGCUGUUGCGCUGCAUUUUGUGCCUGCCGCUGCGCGGAGUAAAAUUUGA